AUGACAGGGUGCGCGUACAGGCCCUCCCUCCAACUUCUCUCAUGCCAGGUACGUCCCUACAACUCGCCAAGAGCAAAAUCGUCCCUGACCUCUUCUCUAGACGGGAUUCGCGCCUAUACACCACUCAAGCUCAUCGGCGAUGGAUCCUUUGGCACUGUAUGGCUCUGCGACUGGCACUCUCCUUUACCGCCAGGCACGCCUCUAAGCCCUAUGCAAUGCGGCCAGGGGGCGAAAUUGCGCCCUGAAUGGACGGGCAAACGGCUCGUCGCUGUCAAGAGGCUCAAUCGACGGUGGAAUGGUGGGUGGGACGAGUGCUGCAAGCUCAAAGAGCUCGAAUCAUUACGUCGAAUAUCUCCCCAUGCCUCUAUCAUCCCCCUCUACGACGCGUUCCUCCUCCCCUCCUCACUCGAGCUCUACUUCGUCUUCGAAUCCAUGGAAGGCAACCUUUACCAGCUUAUCAAAGCCCGAAAAACGCGCCCAUUCGCAGCAGGCCUAAUUGCUUCCAUCUUCAAACAGACCAUUGCCGGUCUUGAGCACAUGCACGAUCAGGGUUAUUUUCAUAGGGAUAUGAAGCCCGAAAACCUCCUUGUCACUACUACCGGUGUAGCAGAGUAUGGUGCUGUCCCUGGGAGAAACGGCGUUUAUCGGAACGGGACGAGCGCGAGUCAGGGAGAGAAGGACGUACAGGUCAUCGUCAAGCUCGCAGACUUUGGUCUAGCAAGAGAGAUUCUCUCCGAGCCUCCAUACACGGAGUACGUCAGCACGCGAUGGUAUCGUGCGCCCGAGAUCCUCCUUCGUGCAACGGACUAUUCUGCCCCCGUCGACCUGUGGGCUUUCGGGACGAUCAUGGCAGAGCUUGUCAACCUCCGUCCUUUAUUCCCCGGUUCAGGCGAACUAGACCAACUAGGGAAACUCUGCGACAUGCUCGGUGAUUUUGAUCGGGAUUAUGCAUUUGACGAGCGGGGUGUACCGAUAGGAGGGGGCGCCUGGCCUCGAGCGGCAAGCAUGCUCUCCCGUCGAGGGUAU